AUGGCGUGCAGGCCGGCCGUGUCCAACCCCUCCGCACUCACGCCGGCGCCGCGCCGAUGCGUCGUCCUUGGCCGCAGCAGCACUAGGGGACGCGUUGACUGCUCCCUCCGCUCCAGCUCCGCGGGUGCGGUCAGACUCGGUGCGCGCCGCGCCCCUGCCGCCGCCUUCGUCGUCCGCGCGGCGGCUGCCGAGGGUGACUUGGAUCUCCAGGCUAAGGUGACGAGCAAAUGCUUCUUUGACGUCGAGAUCGGCGGGGAACGCGCAGGCAAGGUGGUAAUUGGACUCUUCGGCGAGGUCGUCCCUAGGACUGUUGAUAACUUCCGCGCCUUGUGCACUGGAGACAAAGGUUAUGGAUACAAGGGCUGCUCCUUCCACCGAAUUAUCAAGGAUUUCAUGAUUCAGGGCGGUGAUUUCCAGAACAACAAUGGUACUGGUGGGAGAAGUAUUUAUGGUGAAUGCUUUGAUGAUGAAAAUUUUACAUUAAAGCAUGUUGGUCCUGGUGUACUAAGCAUGGCCAACGCUGGCCCUGACACAAAUGGAAGUCAGUUUUUCAUUUGCACUGUGAAGACACCAUGGUUGGACGACCGUCAUGUUGUGUUUGGACAUGUGUUGGAGGGCAUGGACGUUGUGAGGGAGCUUGAAUCGCAAGAAACCAGCAGGUCCGAUAUUCCCAAGCAGCCCUGUCGAAUUGUGGAUUGUGGUGAGCUGCCCUUGGACGGCUGA